AUGCUCUUGUCCCGGUUGCAUCGGGACGAGCUUUACGUCGCCCGCCAUGAAAGGCGACACAUCUGCCGCGUCGGUGAAAAGACCCUCAAUUACUCCGCCGUGCAGCCCGCGCUGCUCGAGGACGCGCGACAGGGAGGCACCAAGCUAAUUGAAGCCUUUGCAGCUGGCAUGUGGGGUGGAUACGGCUACGCGGUGCAGCGCAAGAUUAUGCUCUUGACCAAGGACGACUCCUGUCGAGACGACCUCUGGGAAAAGGAGGAGCUUCUGAGAAGCACUUUUCAACCAGGAACCUACUUCACCAACCAUUUCCUCAUCCUCUCCAAAACGCCCCGACAACCUUUGCGAGAUGGCGGUAGAGCUGAUGACGAUGCUGGCACGGUCAAGCUCGCACUCAAGAGCAUCACUUAUAGCGGGGUGGAAGGAGCGUCGACGGACCCUGACCCAUUCGGAGGGGUGGGCGGCUGGCUACACCGACAGUAUGCCAAAUUGCUAGUAGAGUCGGGAGCGGACAACUGCGUCCAGUGA